AUGUCGGACCUCAUAGCAGACGCUACUGAGCAGAUGCUAGAGACCAAGUUGAAGACGGAAGCAUGGAAGCUCGAAUACGACACCAACCCCGCACUGGGUGUCUUGCCCUGGCUUGGACGUCUUGAGCCAGCGAGACAGGGCGCCUCACGCACCUCCCACUACGAGCUUGGCUGUUCUGUGGCGCUCGGAAAGGGCUUUUGA